AUGUCAGCCAAUGGAGUCCACGAAGAACAGACGAGUAUCUUGGAAGGCACUGGACGUUCUUCACCGGCUUUGCGGCCUCUGUCACAGCAGGAGCCAAUGCUGAAAAUCUGGGAUCAAACUAUCCUAAGCCCUUUACCCAGCUCUGUCAAUGCACCAGGCUAUCUGAAAGACCUGCCGCUUAUUGGCACCCAUGAAGAAACACCCGCAUCAAUCUUUGGUCAUAACGAUUCCCCCUCAAUGGCUCUACGAUUCCAGGAGCCGACCCCGUCGGCCUGGCACCAAGCCAAUCCGAGUCUCUUGCUCGACUUCGUCAACCUACCCAUAAUUACUUGGUACGAAGUGGAUACCGACUCUCCAGUCGACUAUUUGCACGGAACAACAUCCCCCAUAGGGACAAAUCACUGUCCUACCAUCCAGGAACAGAUGAGGGAGCAAGAUGACCUCCCCCAAAACGCCACACCGCUCGAGCAGACUUACAUUUGUGACUGGAAGGCUGUUCUUAUAACAAGCCCUUUGGUUGUAAGUAUAAUUUGCAACGCCAUAGAGAUGAGCAACACAUAUCCCCAAAGGCAUACAAAUGCCCAUUCCUCGGAUGUGAGAGAAAAUUCAACAGGCCUAAUAACUUGGAGGUACACUGCCGAAAUGUUCAUGACUCAAAUUAUCGACGAAUAUGAUGCGACUCUUGAUCCAUCGAUAUGUCAUCAGAGUCUUUGGCUUCUCUGCCUGGGAAUGAGUGCCCGCUAUCGAGAGUGGUACUAUAUCCACUGUGUCUUAUGCGAAUAG